UGUGUCAUCGCCACGUGAUUCAGUCCUCAUGGCGUUGCAGCUUAUUCUCUCUCUUCUACUGUUGCCUGUCGUCUCAUGCAGCGCGCCAACCAAAUACCUAAUCGGUGCAGGUAUCUACGACAUCACGGGUCCUGCAGCCGAAGUUAACAUGAUGGGUUACGCUAUGUUGGAGCAGCUCACAAAUGGCAUUCAUUUCCGUCUCUUUAGUCGAGCGUUUGUCGUCGCGGACGCCGAGAACAAGACGAGAUUUGUGUUUGUCAGCAUUGAUGCUUGUAUGGGGUCGCAAAGCAUUAAACUGGAGGUUUUGAAGAAACUGAAGGACAUCUAUGGUUCUGUGUACACGGCGGAGAAUGUUGUUAUCAGCGGCAUACACACACAUUCUGGACCGGGAGGAUAUCUGCAGUACUUACUGUUUGAUAUUACAUCGUUAGGAUUUGUUAAGGAAAGUCUUGACGUUAUUGUGGAUGGUAUUAUCGAGAGUAUUAAAAUGGCACAUGACAGACUACAGCCUGGUUACAUCUUUUUUGGUAACGGUACACUACUGGAAGCCAACAUUAACAGAAGUCCAUCCGCGUAUGAAUUCAACCCAGACAAAUCACAUUACGAGCACAAUGUAGACAAGCAGUUUGUUUUGCUGAAGAUGGUCAAUGAAAAAGGCAAAGGAAUUGGCAUGAUAAACUGGUUUGCUGUGCAUUGUACGAGUAUGAACAACACAAACGGGCUCAUUAGCGGCGACAACAAGGGCUACGCAUCGUUUCUUAUGGAGCAGCAUAUGAACGGACUGGGAACCAUUCCCGGACAGGGACAAUUUAUAGCUGCGUUUGCCCAAAGCAACUUAGGGGACGUCUCUCCGAACACUCGAGGUGCAUUCUGCGCCGACACUGGACUUCCGUGUGACUAUAAUCAUAGUACUUGCCACGGCAAAAAUGAGUUGUGCAGAGGUAUUGGUCCAGGUAAGGACAUGUUUGAUAGCACCAAGAUUAUCGGACAGAAACAGUUUGCGAAAGCUUUGGAAUUGUAUAAUUCGGCCAACAUUCCUCUGGUCGGUCCCGUUGAUUUCCGACAAGCUUAUGUUGAUAUGACCAACUUCAGUCUUGAAGUUGAUGGACAAACAGUGCAUACUUGUCCUCCUGCUAUGGGAUACUCGUUUGCCGCUGGCACUACGGAUGGUCCAGGAGCGUUCGAUUUUAUUCAAAAUGAUAAGAAGGAUAACCCGUUUUGGGAUGCUGUGCGUGAUUUGCUCAAGACUCCGUCGGCAGAGCAGGUCAAGUGUCAACAUCCGAAACCGAUAUUGCUAGACACUGGAGAGAUCCACGAACCUUACGACUGGCAGGCACCCAUUGUCGACACACAGUUGUUACGUAUCGGUCAGUUUGUAAUCGCUCCAGUGCCCGGAGAAUUCACUACGAUGUCAGGAAGACGCCUUAGACAUGCGAUAAACGAGACUCUAAAAUUGGCCGGAUUUCCGAAAAAUACGCAAGUUGUUAUAGCAGGGCUUUCUAAUACGUAUGCGGACUACAUUGCGACGUUCGAGGAAUACUCAGUCCAGCGGUACGAAGCUGCCUCAACAAUCUAUGGUCCUCAUACUUUGAAUGCGUAUAUCCAGCACUACAAGACGAUGGCCAGAGAUUUGGCUACGGGAAAUCCAACUUCUCAAGGAACUGCUCCGAAAAAUCUAGUUGAUGACCAAAUUCCGUUUCUGCGUCCCGUCUUGUUUGACUGUCAUCCGCUUGGAAAACAUUUUGGCGACAUUCACGAGGACGUGAAUAAGACGUACAAAAUCAAUGAGACGGUAACAGUGCAAUUUUGGAGUGGCAAUCCUCGCAACAACCUGAUGACAAAUGCAACGUUCCUGACCGUUAUGCAACAGCAAUCAGACAAGGAAUGGAGAGUCUACCGUACGGAUGCAUUCUGGGAUACAAAGUUUCAUUGGGCUCAUACUUCGUUUCUUGGUUGUAAGAGUCUGGCGACCAUUACGUGGGACCUCGGGUCUGAUGUCUCGACAGGAAAUUAUCGAAUUCACCAUCACGGUUAUUAUAAGCCGCUACUGGAAAGCCCCGAGCCAUUCGAAGGUACUUCGAGUGUGUUUAGCGUUACGUCUUGAAUUUGUUGUACGUGCUUGGUUGUGACAUUUAUGGCAUAUCUGCUGUUAGCUGGUUUGGGUUUAGGACGUUAGAGUUAGAGUUAGAUAGCAUUGUUGUUGAGUUGCAAAGAUAAUGAGCUCUGAAGUAUAGGUUGUUGUGAUGGC